GAUGAAAAGAUUUUCGUGCUAAAGCCAGUUAGCGUUUCCUCUUACCUACUGACCCCGUUUGUGUUGUCUAACAACCGAGACAACGUGCUCUUCCGUUUAGCUUAAACGCUAGAUUUACAACUUACGCGCCUAGCAUGAAGACAGAAAGUUGAAAAAAGGCACACAAAAAAUGUAAACAAUGAACCGAGCGAUGUUGACGUCAAUUUAACAACUAUUAAACAUAUAACAACGUGGCGUCGUGCUCCACUGUUUGCCCGCUAGCCGCUCUCUCUGUCGCUGGUUGAUGAAGCCCGGAUGUGACGUAGCCGGUGUGUUGACGAAACGUCUUCCUCUUUCCUCAACAUGGCGCCGAUGUUGGCGCCGCUAAAAUGCGGCUUGAAUGUCCAAAGACGACAAUUAGCGUUUCUCAUUCGUCAGACGAGUUCAUAUCACUUUUGGAAUAAAAGCUGCAGGGAAGACAGGUUUAAAAACAAGCGGCAGGAAACAUUUGUGCUAAGCUCCCUUCCAAMCCUACGAACAGCAACAUGGAGCACAAACAGAACAGAAAACAGCCGUCAGAUUUUAGAGGCAGCAAAGCAUCUGCAGGUGAUGGACAAACGGACAUGUUGGCACGGAAAUGCAGGUGGAGGUCUAAGUGCAGACCCAAAAAAUGUGCUGAAGGAGGUGAAUUCAGCCAAGAUUCUUUCUGCUAUGCUGGCUUAUGUUUGGCCAAAAGAUAGACCAGACCUGCGGGCCCGUGUUGCCAUCUCUCUAGGCCUGCUUGCUGGAGCCAAGCUCACCAGCGUAAUGGUGCCCUUCAUGUUUAAAUAUGCAGUGGACGAGCUUAACCAGAUGUCGGGGCACAUGCUGAACCUGAAUGACGCGCCAAGCACCGUGGCUACCAUGGCGACGGCCAUGCUGAUUGGCUAUGGUGUCUCACGGGCCUGUUCAGCUCUCUUCAACGAGCUGAGGAACAUGGUGUUCGGCAAAGUGGCCCAGAGCUCAAUUCGCCGCAUUGCCAAGAAUGUCUUUCUGCACCUGCACAAUCUGGACCUGGGGUUCCACCUCAGCCGCCAGACAGGGGCGCUGUCCAAGGCUAUUGACCGCGGGACACGGGGCAUUUCAUUUGUCCUCAGUGCUCUUGUUUUCAAUCUAGGACCGACGACCUUCGAGAUGGGCCUCGUCACUGCUAUUUUGUAUUAUAAGUGCGGUGGACAGUUUGCAGCAGUGGCCUUGGGCACCUUAUCAGCGUACACACUUUUCACCAUUCUUGUUACUCAGUGGAGGACUCAGUUUCGUAUCCAGAUGAACAAAGCUGACAAUGAAGCAGGCAACGCAGCUAUUGAUUCACUGCUCAACUAUGAGACAGUAAAGUACUUCAAUAAUGAGAAGUACGAAGCUGAAAGGUAUGAUGAAUUCCUGAAGAUCUAUGAGUCAUCCUCUUUAAAAACCACGUCCACACUCGCCCUACUCAACUUUGGCCAGAGUGCCAUCUUCAGCGUCGGCCUCACUGCAAUCAUGUUGCUGGCCAGUAAAGGCAUCACAGCAGGCACCAUGACCGUGGGUGACCUGGUGAUGGUGAACGGCCUGCUCUUCCAGCUCUCCCUUCCGCUCAACUUCCUGGGAACAGUGUACAGAGAAACCAGGCAGGCUCUCAUAGACAUGAACACGCUUUUCACUCUGCUCAGCAUCGACACAAAGAUCAAGGAGAAGGAUCUCGCUCCACCAUUACAGGUCACACCACAGGAGGCCACCAUUCGCUUCGAGGAUGUCUACUUUGAAUACCUGGAGGGCCAGAAAGUUUUAAACGGAGUGUCCUUUGAGGUGCCUGCUGGGAAGAAGGUGGCUAUAGUUGGCGGCAGUGGGUCAGGGAAGAGCACUGUGGUGCGGCUGCUGUUCCGUUUCUAUGAACCCCAGCGCGGUAAUAUUUACAUCGCGGGACAGAAUAUCCGAGAAGUGAGCCUGGACAGCCUGAGGAAGGCUUUGGGGGUCGUACCUCAGGAUGCCGUUCUGUUCCACAACACCAUCUUCUACAACCUGCACUACGGCAACAUCAACGCUACAGCAGAGGAGGUGUACCAAGUGGCACGUUUAGCAGGCCUUCAUGAUGCUAUCCUCAGGAUGCCCCAUGGCUAUGACACUCAGGUUGGAGAGCGAGGCCUCAAGCUGUCAGGUGGGGAGAAGCAACGCGUCGCCAUCGCCCGCGCCAUACUGAAGAACCCACCCAUCCUCCUGUACGACGAAGCAACAUCGUCCCUCGACUCCAUCACCGAAGAGACCAUCCUGAGMUCAAUGAAGGAGAUGGUAAAGGACAGGACGUCACUGUUCAUCGCUCAUAGGCUUUCCACGAUCGUAGACGCAGACGAAAUUAUAGUGCUCAGUCAGGGCAAGGUGGCCGAGCAAGGCAGCCACCACGCCCUCCUGAACACCCCAGGCAGCUUGUACGCCGAUCUGUGGAACGCUCAGAACAGCAAAAUCCUGAACAGCGGCAAGAUUUCGCCCGAGCCGCCGGCCGAGCGUCUGUCCCAGAAGGAGGAGGAGAGGAAGAAACUACAGGAGGAGAUCUUGAACAGUGUGAAGGGCUGUGGGAACUGCUCCUGCUGAGAGAAGCUGCCAUGUUUCCUCAUCCCUCACAGAUGUCCCAUGCUGGAAUCCUUCAGUCUGUGCAGUUUGGAGAGAACACAGGGGUGGAAGGUGGGGGGUUGGUUCCCAUUUUUUAUCUAGACCCCCYUUAGUGUGACUCUCUUUCCUUCUCUUUAUGUGAAUCAAGGCCACUCCAGGUCAAAAUGAAGGCGGAGCAGAACAAGGAGCAAGUGUUUGUUUAGCUCUGGCUGGUGGCCAGAGAUGGAGCUUGUGUGGCAGUUUGUCUGAGCUGAAGCAGCAGAGAACUGGUGUAUCACAUACGUGUGUUUAAGACAUCUGUUCGUCAACAUGGCGGUCCUCCURCUCUUCAUUUCUGACGUCUGCUUUAUUGACAUCUUCCUUUUGCACUGGAAACAUGGAAUGACUCGCAUAUGCCUUCAUGUUGCCACGAAAUUUGUAUCGAUUUAUUUUUUUUAAAUUAUUCGUGAAAUAAACUGAGCUUCCAGUUUGCAUUUAUAUCAAAGGUGUAUCAUAGUUUGUUCCACAGUUUGGGGACCCCAGAUAAAAUCCCCAGCUAUAAAACAGUUUUAACACUAUCUUCUAAAGCAGAUUUAUUCAUAAUAUUUAUAGCCUUCUGUAAUUGUUUAAAUUUUUUUUGUCUUUAAUUUUGGGGAACAACAAUCGAGAGACAGUUGCACUGAAUAUAUCCGAAUUUUUGGAGAUGGAAAAAAGCAGGAAAAUAGAAAGUGUCUCAGUUGUCCACCAUAAUAAUUAGAUCCAGAACGAGUAAACAUUCAAAAAUCCACURUAUUUAAAUCACUUCUGGAUGUUUUUUUUAAUUAAAAAAAAUAAGAGGUUUAAGUAUCUUAAAACYUUUUAGAUUGUGUCCUCCUCUAAAAGGUUAAAAAUAAAAGUUGGAACAGGUCUGUCCUCAUUUUCUGAAAGCUGUUUUGGCUGUAACAAUCCCCAUUCCACCCCCUUUUUAAAAAAAUCUUUCUGUUCUGUUGUAUCUAUAAAUGGUGAACUAAUAUUUGGGAGUUUUGUACAAGACAUAAUGGUGAGGCCUUUUUUGUAGUUGGAUGUAUAAUAAUGUAUAUUGUACAUUAACUAAAUAAAGUUUUCCCACAGUUUUUCAUCUUA